GACAGUUGGCCUCGUCCAUGUCAGGCGGGUUUGUAUCGUUAAUUUAACCGACACCUGCCACACAAAAUGGUUUCAUAAUGGCUUUUUGUGUUUAUUGGCGAUGAAAUUAUGGAUGUAGCAGCGACCCGGGCAUCUUAUUGACGUUAUUUUUUUUGUAGACUGACACGGUGAUGUUGCCUCCCUCAGAGGAAGUACCUGGUUCGGGCUGAGUUUUCGGUCAACAUCUCAUUACUCUGCUAUCAAGAUUUCCUACACAGAUUUUCAAAUGAAAAUGGAGGAUAUGCUCCUGACUGGCCCAGACAACACCAAACUGGAGGCCUUGGUCCAUGACAUCUACUCUGAGCUGGUGGAAGAUGCCUGUUUGGGCUUGUGUUUUGAGGUGCAUCGUGCUGUGAAACAGGGUUAUUUUUUCCUGGAUGAGACGGACCAAGAGAGCUUGAAGGAGUUUGAAAUUGUGGAUCAGCCAGGGGUGGACAUAUUUGGCCAAGUGUACAAUCAGUGGAAAAACAAAGAGUGUGAGUGCCCGAACUGCAAAAGAUUGAUAGCAGCGUCUCGCUUCGCUCCACAUUUGGAGAAAUGUCUUGGGAUGGGUCGCAACAGUAGUCGCAUUGCCAACCGCAGGCUUGCCAGCAACAACAACAUGAGCAAAUCAGAGAGUGAUCAAGAAGACAAUGAUGACCUUAACGAUAAUGACUGGUCCUAUGGAGCAGAGAAAAAAGCCAAGAAGAGGAAGUCAGAUAAGAAUCAAAAUUCCCCAAGAAGAUCCAAAUCUUUAAAGCAUAAAAAUGGUGAUCUUGGGAGCAGUGUCCCUUCAGAGCCUUACAAGUUCAACUAUAAUACCGGCAUCAACUAUGAGACUUUGGGCCCUGAUGAAGUCAGAUCACUUUUGACCACACAAUGUGGGGUGAUCUCAGAACACACCAAGAAGAUGUGCACCAGGUCUCAGCGGUGUCCCCAGCACACGGACGAACAGAGGAGGGCUGUCAGGGUGUUCCUCCUGGGGCCGUCCGCGCCACCACUGCCCAGUGCAGAAGCUGUGACGGAGAGCAAUAGCUUCGACAUUCCAGACGGACAGACCCUGGUGAGCCGCCUGCAGUGGGAAGACUCCCCUGAUAUUUCACCUGCUGACUCCGCCUCAUCUAAAGCCAGCACCAACCAUUCAGACUCAAGGAGGCCCAAGAAAAAGAAGAGGAUGCCUCUUAGUCUGAAUCCUGUAGGAGGAGGUGGCAGCGGAGGAGGAGGAAGUCUGACAGGCGGCAGUAGCAGCAGCAGCUCACAGAGUAACAUCAGCUUAUCGAGCAAAAAGAAGAGGCCUAAACUCCCAGCACCUUCAAUUUCUAGUAUCUAUGAUGACUUAAAUUAAAGUAGGCACUGUGUUUGACCAGAAAUCCUUUUUUCUUACAGUCCUCCAUUUACCUGACUGAAACUUUACAGAGGAGUUCUUAUUUAUUUAUCAUUGCAAAGGUAAUGAACAUUCCUUUCUCUGUCUUUAAAACUGUGUUUGGGGUCAUGGAGUCCGGUAAGAACAUCACAUCAUUAAGCAGACUUCACAAAAAAAUGAAACACCUUGUUACUUCUGCAUAAAUUAAAACCAGUAAAAAUGAGGGAAGGAAAUUUUAGCAGCAAAAUGCUGAAAAAUGGAAGGAUUGAUGACAGAAUUAGUCAGAAUCUUAGCUGAGCUAAGUUGAAGGGCCACAUUUGGGUCAGUUAGUAGAAUUUGAUGCCUGCAUAGUGGGCAAAUUUUUAACACAAGUGCAAAUUUUGUUUUUAAAGUUCUCUUUUCUGUUCAGCACUUUGAAUCUGAUAUUUUCAGGCUCCAUAUUUGUAAAUGAACUUCAACCACUUUCCAUUCAGCACUUGAGCGAACUAGAUUCUCAUGCCUUAGUGGCUCUUUGUAACUCUAGCAUCGUCUUGCACAGUUGUUGUUUGAGUGCCUCUUUAUGCUGACUUGCAUUCAGUCACUUUUUUGUGUCAUGUAUUUUUAAGUAAGUUAUAUCUAUUUUCAUAAAACUAUGCAUCUAAGAAUGUGGCUUUUUGUGAAGUAUGAGUGCCAUUUUUGAUAUGACUUUUCUUGUUUAUAUCACCAAUGUAUUUAUUAUUUAUUUUUCUAUUAGCCACUGCCUUUUAAAUGAUGCUCUUUGUAUGUGACUUUAGAUAUCUGAUGACCAGCAGGCUCUUAGGGCACUUCUUGUACAGUUCAUGUAUAUGUGAGACUAAAAACUAAGAGUCCUGUAUUUCCACAGAACAAUCAUUUUAACUCGUAGUUCUAUUCUGCUUGUUGUAGAUUGCACCGUGUGAAGAGUGCAGCAGUACUGCUUGUAAUUCGGUAGGAUGAAGCAACAAUGUUGCUGUUGUGAGAUCUUUCACAUGCUUUAAACCAGUGUUUCUCAACUGAUCCAGUCUCAGGACUCACCAACAGGUCUUGAAAGAGAAGCUGCAACCCAGCUUUCUGAAAAAUGUUAACCGUUUAAUGGAAAAUGUUGCAGUUUGGUGCCUAGAUGGAAAAAAAAUGUGAUUGAACAGAGAGGACAAAACAAACAUGUUUAACAGAAGCCCUGGGAGGAGAUGAAUGCAGACAUUUGAUUUGGCUCUGUUUCCUGUGAUAACACGUCAAUGUUUGGUGUUUUCUAGACAUCGAGAAAUUAACAUAAUAUGGUAAAAGCAUAAAAUAAAUAUGAAAAGGUCUUGAGAAAGCAAUUGACAUUUAGUCACUAUCAUGAAAAAGUAAAAGAGAAUAUGUAGAUGUAUGUCUGCUUUGGGCUUCCAUACAUGUCAGACUUCUUGCCCCAGUUUAUUUUCCAGUGGACAUGUAUGUCAUCAACUUUUGAGCCUUAACCUACCAGUUGAGAACCACUGCUUUAAAGUACAGACACUUUUUUACUUGUACAUAUUAUUUUAGUCUGCAAAAAGAAGAUGUCAGAAAAAGCAUUUUAUUUGUUGUGUAACCUGGGUACAAGGACAAUACAGUUUGGUUUUAUGCUACUGAAUAAUGGUACAGCUCUAAGGGUCAGUCUGAAUUAGAAAAGUCAUUGAAUUGUAUAGGUUAAAUAAUGUUAUAAACUUCCUGAGUUUUUCCUUUUGCACAAAUUUGACAAGGGGGCCAGCAGGAAGAAGUCCUAGGAAAGUCAGGCCAUGGCCAGUUGCACCGACAGCUUCCCAAAUUAGUUAGUUUUGUGAAUGUGUGGAUACACCAAGAUGGUGAUUGGUCAGACAUAUUUUUAGCACUUUGGCCUUUUCAUGUCAGGUAUAUUCAAACCCAAGAUAAUUUCUCAUUGCUUUAGUUAUCUGUCGUAAAAGACAUGUUAAAUGCCUUCUAACAAUUCCAAUUACUACGUUCAUUUAACGUUUUGUUUGAGAGAUCUCCUUUUUAGUUAAUUAUUGGCAAAGUUUUCUUACAGAAGUAGUUCCUUACUGGUCAAAUCCGAGUACCCACCAUCAACUCCUCAGGGGAAAAUUGUGACCCAAAUUUUUUAUAUGUUUUGACCAAUUGGAGUUACUGAAUGAAAAAUAGUACAGUAUGGACCUCAUAAUGUACAAAUGCAACAAAUCAAAUAGAUGGGACAAAAAAAAUUUUUUUUUAAGAGUUGCAUGCACUUUUCGAUGGAAUUUUUGUUACGCCUCCGGGACCAACCAGUUUAGAACCACUGUCUUGCACCAUGUCCUGACUACAUGCAAUGCAAGUGAGCAUCAGUGGUGGAAUCAGCUUGAUUACGCUGGUUUCUGUUGUAGUGUCCUGACAGCAUGCAAGUGAUGCAGUGCAAUGUUUUACCCCUCGUCGCCCCAUUCCUAUUUUCCUCUCUGUCGCUUUGUUGAGAUGGAAGAGGAACAAGGCAAGAGGAACAUGACAAGGCAUCAGUGGUGUCAGACAGGCAGAUUUCCUUGAUUUUCUUUAUCUUUCCUCACUCGAUGGAGCUUGUUAGCUUGCUAUACUGUACAUAUGUUGGUGUAUUAAUAACAACCAUAUCCAUGUUUAAAAUGUGCCAACAUUGAGACAAAACUAUUUGGCUCAAAUCUGUCAAAGACUCAUCGGUACAAAGUGCCACACUUCCUUAAAAGCACUAGGUGCCAUUCUCUACAAGGAAAGCCUAAAAUUCAUAGACGAAGAAUACAUUUGUAAUGAUGCAGUGUGGACAGAGAGCAUGCAAUGUGACAUGUCUGACACUCACGUACUGUAAGGACACAGUGUUAAAAAUGCCCCAAAAUCUUAACUGUUAAGUAGGAGACUGAUAUAUACAGCUGAAUAGUAUUAAAAAGGACUAAGUCUAAGGGACUGUCUUAGAGAAAAGAAGGGCUUAAGUUGUAUCAGUCCUUCAGAAGGUUCAUGGACCUCAUGCAGGCCUGGAUGAUAGCCAUCAGGAGGCCAGAGCAGAACAGGGCCAAGGCUGACACUGCAAGCACCAAACUGCCAUGUGAUCCCAUACUGAGAUGACCUUCAGAAGGUCUAAAGCUGUUUGAAAAAUUGUAGACCCUUUCAGGACAGCAUGCCCUGAAAAUUUUCCACCAGUAAGAAACAUUGUGAAAAACAUUUAGUAAGCUGUCUCUCAGUGAAUUUUCCAUUUUGUGUUUAAGUCUCCAAUUUGAAACUUUAUUUAUCCAAUCCCUGCAGUUUUAAAUUUAACUGUAAUAAAACUGAUGAUUGACCAAGUCUGAUCAGACAUUUUUAAAUGUUUUUUAUUUUCACAUGUUGAGGCUUGUGAUAACUUUGCUCUUUUGACCCUUUCCAGUGCGGUCUUGUGAUGUGCACUAUUCAUGAAUGAAGUGUUGUGAGAUUCUUUAAUAGAUAUGCGACUCUGUUUUCCUCUGAAGAAGCAAACCGCUGAUGUUCUCUUGUGGCUUUGUGCAUUUGUAUGCAGUAUGAAUGAAUUUUAUAUUCUAAAUUAUUUUUCAUGCACAUUUCUGUGAGCUAAUGACUGUUGUUUAUGAACACAGUGUUCUUUUUUUCCCUUUUUGAUGUGUGAAACAUUGUUUGUAUAUAAAUAAACUAAGUCUCUACAUAGGAGUUGGCUUCUUUAGAAUCCAUAGAGAAAGUGAAACUGAUUUGGUUUGAAAUGCUUUAAUUUGAGACAUCACUGAAGCCAGAGCAGUCCAGCAUAAUCAGAAGGGGGUCACUGUCCCACUCCAAAUCUUUUAAGUGCCAGAUGCCGGUUCAUCGGAUUCAUUCUAUCAUUUUAUUUACAGAAAAUACACAAUAUAUUUACAUAAUCUUCCCCAAAGUGUCUAUCUUCAUGACAAGUAAUUAUUUUAAUUAGCCUAACUCUACAUAGCAACAGUUUUGGGGUAACAAAAAUAUCAGAAUUGUUUAGCGUAGUGCAGUUGCAGCUGUACAGUCCACAUUAGCUUACAUAGAGUUUUAAUCAUUGAAAUAAAGCAACAAGAAAGAGAAAACUUGGUACACGGCACAACAGUGAGUGGUUCCAAAUGAGUUUAGAUUCUUGCAUCUAGCAGUUAUUUUUAUAUUUCUAUAUCACGGAUACAGUGGCCUAUAAAACCUUUGACGCACAGGACAGCAUCAUGAUCUUUAGCAACAAUAAAAGCAGGUAAAAAGAGAUGGUGUUUCAGCAUGGAGUGGAUGAUAAA